UUUGUUAGAUGAUGUCCACAACUUUCAGCAAACAAACCAAACAAACCCGACGAAGCAACUAACUGGCCAAGCCCAAACUGCAAUCACUGUGGGAGGAGGAUGGGGUUGCUGGCUGGGAUCGCGUGCAUGUGCCUUGGCGGCGUGCUCGCCGGAUUGUACACAGUGCCGAUGAACAGGGUGAAAGGCUGGGCAUGGGAGAACGUGUGCUUCGUGUACGCAAUCUACGGCAUGGUCUUGUUUCCAUGGAUACUGGUGUUUUUCUCUGUCACAGACGCGCUUCGCGUGUACCAGGAGGCACCGCCCGCCGCGCUUGGGAAGGCAAUAGGCAUGGGCGUGCUCUGGGGUGUGGGAUCAACGCUCUUCUGCUUGGGGGUCGAUGCAUUGGGAAGCAGCCUCGCCUUCUCAAUCAUCCUGGGGCUGACGGCUGGGCUUGGUUCGGCGGUUCCGCUUGUUGCGCUGCAUCCGCACGACAUUGCCUCGAACGAAGGCAUCAUGACGUGGGUUGGUAUGGCGGUCAUUUUGAUAGGUCUUGUGUUUCUGGGACGCGCAGGCAAGCUAAAAGAACGAGAGCAGCGCGGUGGUGCGGUCGUCCUCAAUUCUGCUGCAACGGAGGGAACACCACUGGUCCUUGAUGCACAACACAACACCCUGGAGGCGGGGGGUGCCAGGAGCAUCAAGCCCAACAAACACAAAGCCAUCAAUGGCACCCCACCAUCAAGCCCUAAACUAUCUGCCUCCUCCUCACUAUCGCCGUCAUCAUCGUCCACUUUCCUUUCCGGUCUCAUCAUCUGCCUCUUCUCCGGCGUGUUCUCCCCAGCACUCAACUUUGGCAUCACCUUCGGCAGUGACAUUACGGACACGGCGACGCGCCUUGGCACGCCCUCUGCGCUGUCCAACAAUGCCACGUGGUCGCUCGUUGUGGGGGGCGGGUUCAUCAUCAACCUCAUCUGGUGGUCGUACCAGAUGACAAUGAACAAGACGUGGGGGAACUUUUGGUUGCGCGAGCCAAAGGCUGCACCACUGCACAACACCAUGUGUGGAGUGCUUGCUGGUGGCCUGUGGUACGGUGGCAACGUCCUGUACGGCGUGGGUGGACAGCUUGUCGGCGACCUGGGCACUGUGCUUGGGUUUCCCAUCUUCUUGAGCCUGAUGAUCAUCACCUCGAGCGUUGCUGGGGUCAUCACAGGAGAAUGGCGAGGGACGAGUGUGCGAUCGCGAUCGCACAUGCUGGGUGGGAUGCUGCUCUUGGUCGUGGCUGUUGUGCUCAUUGGCGUCGGCCCCAUCCUCUGA